ACUGGAUAUGCCUACAGCUCUAAUAUUUACAUUGGCUUGUAUUCUUUAUUUGGUGCCUCUUGCUGCUCAAUCAGAAGUUUAUUAUGUCAGUUCAGUUAGUAGUCAAUGCAAUUCUUAUACAAGCUACAACAGCAAGUGUCAUUCCAUUUCGUACUAUGCCAAUAAAGAUGUCUGGUCUCCUAAUGUCACCUUGAUCUUUCUACCUGGUGAACAUGAUCUCACAACUAGUUUCUCCACAAAAGGAUUGGAAGAUAUAUGGCUACUUGGACAGAAUCAAUUUCUGGUGACUCCAUCAAAAACACAUUCAUUCUUAAGGCCAGUGAUUAGAUGUCACAAGAUGAGAUGGUUAACCAUCAAAUGCUCAGUUUUGAAAGUCAUAAAUCUCAGGGAACUACAUUUAUCAGAAAUUACUGGAAAAUCGUUGAAUGUAAGUAAUAUUCAGUCAGUAAUGAUACACAACUCUCGGUUUACUCACAAAAAACAAAGUAACACAUUCAGUGGUGUUGCAUCAUUAUCAAUACAUUCGACACAUAUAUCAGGAAUGAGUAAUGGAUUAUAUAUUGAUAGUGGUGACUUAUUUUGUUACGUGUUACUUACUGACCUUAUAAUAGCCAACAGUAGCAUGAAUGGCAUUACUAUAAAGUGUCAUCAUAAUGGUUUCAUCUCACUAAAUCAGGUAACAGUCAAAAACAGUGGUAGCUAUGGAUUAUACUUACAGUGCAAACAUUCUAUGGGUACUAACUGUUCGAUGUCAUUAAGUGAUAUAUUACUGGCAGGCUGUACUCUAGGAUCUAAUAUAUUAUGCUAUCAAGAGAAAUGCACAGGUCAUAUUAAUAAUAUAACAGUUUUUAAUACAGCCAAGUCUGUUGGUCUUCUCAUAGGGUGUCAGCAACAGUGUAAAAUUGAUAUAAAUGCUAUGAACAUUUUUAAUAAUAGUGCAGGUGGAUUUCACCUUUUAAGUGCAUUUCAAAGCUCAUUCUUCAUUAGAAAUAGCAUAAUAUCACAAAAUGGUGGAGUUGGAAUAAUUGCAAAUUGCUAUAGUGUUGUGUUUAUUGACUUUUCUAAUGUUACAAUAUCAAGAAAUAAUGACACUGGACUAUAUCUCGGCACUUUUUGCAUAGUGGGUUUCUUUUUUAAUAGUAGCAUAAUAUCAAACAACCACUCACCUACUAGUGGUGGAGGCAUGUGGAUAUCAAAUAAUUGCUGUAAUUUCUGUUAUGUUUAA